UCAAAAUUCCUAAUCUAAACCAUAAAAUGCCCAUAAAUUUAGACUUACGUCUAAUGAUUUUCGCUCUCUCUCUCUAGCCUUCGUCGUUCGUUAAUGCCGGCGCAGAUCCCAAUCUGCAAUCACCCAUUUCCGGUCGAGAUACCCCCAAAUUGAGCUGCGACCUCUGAAAUUGGCGUCUCGCUCAUUCAUCAGAUCAAAUCCACAAGCAUGGGGGAUUCGUUUCGAGGGAGAUCGUUCGUUAUCGCAUUUGUCCUAUUCGUAACCCUCUCCGUUCCUCUAAUUUCAGCUGAGGAGAGUGGAAUCGACGAGUCGGAUACUGGAGUUAAGGAUCUGGGCCGGCGUAGUAAAAUUCAUUGGAUGGACAAACUCAAGGCGGUUAAUGAAAAAAAUGAUCCUGAUUCUUAUGGCGUGGAUGUGGACUCUGGUCUUGGAGUCUUUGAUGCUUUUUUUGCAAGUUUGUCGAUGAUACUCGUCAGUGAGAUUGGAGAUGAAACGUUCAUCAUUGCAGCUCUCAUGGCUAUGCGGCACCCUAAGGCGAUUGUUCUAUCAGGUGCACUGAGUGCCUUGUUUGUGAUGACGAUACUUUCAACCGGCCUUGGUAGGAUUGUUCCAAAUCUGAUAUCGAGGAAGCAUACCAAUAGUGCAGCUACAGGUUUGUUUCUGUUUGUUUCAAUAAAUGUGACAAAAUGUUUGUUUUAUUUAUUUUAUGGGGUGUAG